AGAAACUAUGUUUACAUGUCCUAUCAAUAAUUGUAGUGCGGAAAUCAAAAUCAUUGAAAAGUCACCACUAAUGCGGGCUCCAUCACAAAGAAGUAUGAGCAUAGAUGAAGGAUCACAAGAUCCGUUAAUAUUUGGUAAAAAUUCUUUAGUGAAUCUAGAUACAAUCGUAGAAGAGAACUCCGAAAAUAAUUCACAAAACAAAGAACCUGACAUACCUGACUUCACUACAAGUAAUUUACCAUCUAAACGUGUUGGUGAAGCUACCUCUGCUAAAUCGUCAAAUAAAAAAAAGAAAUCUGCAAAUAGAGAAGAUUCUCCCAUAUUGAAAAGACUUAUUCAGAAACUGUCAACUAAUGAUCCCAGAAAAACACAAACAGCCACAUCAGCAUCUAUGAAAAUGACGGAAAUUAAUAAUUCGCAAAGAAUACCACAAGAAGUGAAAGAUUUCUUCAAAAAUAACUCGACGUGGUCGUUACUAAAGUUUCUUCAGUAUAGAGAGAGAACCGAAAGUUUCACAUAUGAAAAAGAUAAGGAACAUAUGUUUUAUAAGAGCGCGUUGACCAUGAUUUCCGAUGAGCAAGCUCAAUUAUGUCUCCUCAAUUUUGAAGUUAAGUAUAUGAGAUGUGUAAUACCACAACCAGCUGGAUUCGUUCUGGCGGGUGAGAGAGGAGUUCGUCUUCCCUCGGCACUCUUGAAUAUACUACACGUUAGUUGCCAUGACGCAAUAGGUUGGAGGGAGAAAAUUUCUCAGAGUGUUGAUAAUUUCUGGAGUGAGAUCGAGAAAAAACAUUUAAAAGACAAUAUCGAAAAAGGAUCGUUAGGAUACAUCAUUGACGUUAUAGAUGAUUCGGCCGAGGAUUCCAAAAUUGCAAGGAAAUUUUUAUCCAACGAGCUAAAAUCAUUUGUAACAAGUUCUUUGAAGCGAGAUUGUUCACAUGUGGAAACUUCUCAAGAUCAUUCCAAUUUUCACACACCAGAUCACAGUAAGAAGACCAGAACAGACAUGUCCAAUCUCUCAUUCGAUGAGUACACCAAUGCUGUUAACGCCGUCAAUUCUGUUCAAAACGAUAAAGAAUCUGCCCACACAAACCCACUCUGGUGGGGUGUUCUAGACUUUCGUGAGGAGAACGUGUCUCCGAGUCCAAGCCUUCCCCGUGCAAAGAAUUUUCUCUCAGCUAAUGAAAUUGAUCGUUUGAUGAAUAUGACACAAAAUGCUAUUCAAGAAGAGAAUGAAAAGAUAAGUAAAUCAGCUAAAUCACUUUUAGAAGCAUUGUUAUUAUCGGAAAUCGUUAGCCUCCAACUUCUCGCAAAGGAAUGUGGUGCACGUGGAGUAGUCGGUGUAUGUGAUCUUUUGCAAAGAUCUGCUGGUAAAAUGCAGGAUGUUGAUAAUAAAAAAAUAAUUCAAAAUCAUCUCGCAAACGUAGAUGCUGAUGACGCUACAAUAUAUAUCGGGAGAUGCAUUGAGGACAGUUAUGAAUGGAUCAGUCGUUUUCAUGGACAAUGUCAAUCUGAACGAACCGUCGACAUGUUCCUUGUUGGGCCUUUUGCAAAAACCCCGCAAACUAUAUUCACAUAUGGCGAAAACCACUCAGAUGCUGACCGCGGGGAUAAAACGGAUCGUUCCGGGACUAGUCGUGUUGGCAAAUCAUGCGAUUUUUUAUAUUGG